AUGACGAUGGACAAGCAGCUGGUAUGGGUUCGAGACCCCAACGAGGGUUUCCUGCUCGCCCGGCUGCAGGAGCUGAUGGGGGAGGAGGCAGACGUGUUCCCCGUAGACAAUAAGUACCCCAAACGGGUCGUCAGCUUCGACGAUAUAUUCCCCGCUGGGGAUCCAGCCAAGGAUGUCGACGACAAUUGUGAGCUAAUGUUCCUCAACGAAGCGACUCUUCUUAAUAAUAUGCUGACGCGGUAUAAGAAAAGCAAGAUUUAUACGUACGUCGCAAAUAUCCUGUUGGCAGUCAACCCAUAUGAAGACAUUCCAGAUAUGUAUUCCCCAUCUACGAUUAAAAAGUACCACGGCAGAUCGCUGGGAGAGUUACCACCGCACGUGUUCGCUAUUGCCGAUAAAGCAUUCCGUGAUAUGAAAGCUCUGAAGCAGUCACAAUCGGUGAUUGUGUCUGGAGAAUCGGGAGCUGGUAAAACGGAGUCAACGAAGUAUAUUCUCAAGUAUUUGUGUGAGUUGUGGGCGAAGGCAGCUGGUCCCGUGGAACAGAAGAUUUUAGAUGCCAAUCCAAUCCUAGAAGCUUUUGGAAACGCAAAAACAACACGUAACAACAACAGUUCUCGUUUUGGAAAAUUCAUGGAAGUACAUUUCAACAAUAAAUACCACGUCGUGGGGGGUCAUAUAUCACAUUAUUUGCUGGAGAAGUCCCGUAUUUGUACGCAAAGUACUGAAGAGCGGAAUUACCACGUGUUCUACUUGCUAUGCGCGGGCGCACCUCAGGAGUUGAGGGCGGCGCUUAAGAUUACCAAGCCUGAUGACUAUACGUAUCUGAAGAAUGGGUGUACGCAGUAUUUUACAACGGCUCAAUCCGGGAAGAAAAUAAGUGCUUCUCAAAUGAGCAAGCAACACCAGACUAAAGGGGGUCUUAGGGACCCGAUACUGGAUGAUGUGGAAGACUUCCAGAGGUUACAUUCGGCGCUAUCAAGGGUAGGUCUAUCGGAAGAAGAGAAGAGAUCAGUAUACAGUGUGGUAGCCGCCGUACUCCAUCUCGGUAACGUGGAGUUCGAGGAAGAAGGCGGUGCCAGGGGUGGAUGCAGGGUCUCUCCACACAGUGAGGGGGAGCUUCAGGUGGCUGCCGGUCUUCUUGGAGUGGAAGCUGGGGAACUGAGGAUGGCUCUGGUCUCCAGAUUGAUGCAGAGUUCUAGAGGGGGAAUGAAGGGCACCGCUAUUAUGGUCCCACUAAAAACCUACGAAGCGCAGAAUGCCCGCGAUGCCCUGGCCAAGGCGGUGUACAGCAGACUGUUUGACUUCAUCGUGCACAGGAUCAACACCAGCAUCCCGUUCCAGGCUUCCUCCUAUUACAUCGGAGUCCUCGACAUCGCUGGAUUUGAGUACUUCCAAAUGAACAGUUUCGAGCAAUUCUGUAUUAACUACUGCAAUGAGAAGCUUCAGCAAUUCUUCAACGAACGCAUUCUGAAGAACGAACAGGAGCUCUACCGUCGCGAGGGUCUGCACGUGCCCGAGAUACGAUUCGUCGAUAACCAGGAUUGUAUCGACCUAAUCGAAAGCAAGAAUCACGGAAUAUUCCAUAUUUUGGAUGAAGAGUCGAAAUUACCGAAACCCGAAUUCGGACAUUUCACUCACGCAGUGCACAAGGAGCUCGGAGCCAAUAAUACAAGGUUGCAGGUGCCUCGUGCGUCCCGUUUAAAAGCCCACAGAACUCUGAGGGAUGAUGAGGGAUUCCUGUUGAGACAUUUCGCGGGCGCCGUCUGCUAUAAUACGAACCAAUUCAUAGAGAAAAACAACGACGCCCUGCACGCGUCUCUAGAGUUUCUCAUCCAAGAGUCGCGAAAUGCACUGGUCCAGCAGUUGUUUGAGACCACAGACAAUAAUAACGCCAAAGGGAAAUUGAACUUUAUCUCUGUCGGCGCUAAGUUCCAAAGUCAAUUGUCACAACUUAUGGACAAGUUGAAGGAAAAUGGCACAAACUUCGUUCGUUGCAUAAAGCCAAAUUCGCGUAUGGUGGGUGGGGAGAUAGAGGGCUCCCUAGUGCUGACUCAGCUGCAAUGCAGCGGAACCAUAUCAGUGCUGGCCUUGAUGGAGCACGGAUAUCCGUCGAGGGCGCCCUUCAACGACCUUUACCAGAUGUACCGGCAAUAUCUGCCGCCGAAACUGCAGACUCUGUCUCCGAAGGUUUUCUGUCAGGCCAUAGUCCACAGCUUCGGUCUAUCGGACAAAGACUACAAGUUCGGUGUGACCCGAGUGUUCUUCCGCCCAGGGAAGUACUCGGAGUUCGACACCAUGAUGCGGUCGGACCCUGAGAACCUCAAGUCCAUAGUGGAUGCGGUUCUGGCUUGGCUGGUCAAGUCACGCUGGAGACGAGCUGUCUUUUCUGUUCUCUCCAUUAUUAAGUUGAAGAACAAAAUCCUCUACCGUCGUGAAUGCCUCAUCACAAUUCAGAAGUCGGUCCGCGGUUACUUGGUGAGACGAACUCAUCGUCCGCGGUACAAGGGCAUCGCAAAGAUACGGGAACUGGAGAACAGCCUGACAGAGAUGGAUAGCGUCACGGCGCAGCUUAAGAAAGAGAAGGACGGCGCUAAGAAGAAUAUCGAGAAUUUGAGGAACAGCAUACGGAAUGCGUGUGCCACUAUUAAGAGUAACGAGAAAAUCAGCCGAACAGAGAUUGACCAGUUGUACAAUAAACUGACGAAGGACAUAGAGGCCCAAAUGGCUGCCUUGCAGAAGUCCAUGGUGGAUCAGAAGAACAGAGAAGAACAAGAGAGGCUUAGACGUAUGGAAGCGGAACUGCGUCUCGCAGAAGAAGCCAAACGGAAAGAGGCUGAACGCCUGAGACAAGAGGAAGAGAAUAGGAGACUUAAAACGGAAAUGGAAGCGCGUCGUAAAGCGGAAGAAGCGGAACGUAUACGAUUGGAGGAGCAAGACAGACGAGCCGCAGAAAUACUUCAGAAACAGCUCGAAGACGCUGCCAAAGCCGAUCUUGAGAAUCGAGAAAGAUUGGAACAAGAGCGUCGUGACCACGAAAUGGCCGUGCGCCUUGCGAAGGAGACCAAUGGACACGUCGAGGGCUCACCGCCACAAUUGAGAAGUUUCCCAACAAUGGACUCAGUGAACGGAGAAAAUAAAUUGAACAGGUCGGAACGCGUGCGAAUGCAACAAGCAAUGCAAGGGAAGCAGAAGUAUGACCUGUCUAAGUGGAAGUAUUCGGAAUUACGGGACACUAUUAAUACAUCCUGUGAUAUUGAGCUGUUGGAGGCAUGCCGCCACGAGUUCCACCGUCGUCUCAAGGUGUACCACGCGUGGAAGGCAAAGAACGCCCGCAAAAGCACUAUGGCUGACCAAGAGAGGGCCCCACAGUCUAUAAUGGAUGCAGCAAAGAGCCCCCGAAUCCAGCAAAAGGGCGAGAUCUUAGGCGCCAGACACCGCUACUUCCGCAUCCCCUUCGUCCGAGCCGGGGACGGGGCCAACGACAAGCGCGGAUGGUGGUACGCGCACUUCGACGGACAGUACGUCGCGCGACAGAUGGAGUUGCACGCCGAUAAGACGCCCGUACUGCUGCAAGCUGGUGUUGACGACAUGCAAAUGUGCGAGCUAAGUCUAGACGAGACUGGGCUGACGCGUAAACGCGGCGCAGAGAUAUUGGAACACGAGUUCGAGAGGGAAUGGGCGCGUCACAACGGACCGCCAUACAGGCCUACGCACUAG